CGAACACAGAAGACAUACUACUAUUUGUUAGAUUCUUUUAUACAGUAAAUUUGUGUUAUAUAACCAUGGCUCUGUGAGGCCAAGGAGAUUGCAAACCUUUUGUGUUAUACAGUACGUUAUCUUAAUGUGGUUGUCGUGUGUGUGUGCGCGUGUGUGCACAGUUGGCAAUGCGGGAGCAUUUUUGUCAUUUCCCUCGGGUGAAGCGUCGGGGUGGGGAUGGGUGGCCGAUGGAGGUUGCUGUUGGCUGGGGCGCAGGGUGUAAGCAGGAAGGCUGAAAUCAGGGUUGCCAUGGAAACCAUUGUAUUUCCCUUCCCUGUGAUUGGUGCCGCCAUCUUGUGCAAGUAUCUGCUAUUUCUGUAAUGCAACAAGGCCCCAGACACGAGUGCAGUCACAGGACACGCACACACUAUCAUCUUACACAAGGAUUCGGAUUUCAUUUCCAAUUUGGAUCGUAAUCCUAUGAAGUCCCAUACAUUGUUUUUAUUAUUCUGGACUGCUGUAUUGCUAUAUGUUAGCAGCAUGUCAUCAGCAUCAUUUUAUCAACAGAUUUUUUUUUUUUUUUCGUGACAUCACACACGUCUGGACAUGGCCGCAGCCACCAUGUUGGAGGUCCACGCGUAGGGAAAUUAGAUGAACAGACAAUGUAGGAAACGGUCAAUUACUUUGUUUGUUUUGGGCUGCCACAAUACGUAAAGGUGGGAGGGCCGGAGUUUCUUUUUAACGUUUCCCAGAACUGAUCUUGAAUCAAAAGGCGAGCAGACUGAGGAUUUGAAAAGGAAAAGACAGAUUGUGGCUUUUGCAGAUCAGCAGACCCGUGUUUGUUCUGAACAUUUAACGCUUAGCAACGUUGGAAAACAAUAGUGUACAUACAAUACAUAUCUCAUUUUUUUUCAAUGUGUUCACAUUUCAAUACUCUUCAAUAACAUAAAAUAAAUAUGUUGAAUAUUGGUCGAUUUGUAGCCGUGGUAUUAUAUUAAACGUACAUUUAGUACAGCUUAGAAAUGUGAGAUUCGUUACAUACAUUAUUUGGAGCAAUUCAUAAUUUUUGGAGCGAUUAAGCGAAAUUGCAUAAUUUCACGUGGCAGAUCUGACGAUCUCUCGCUGCGUGCGAAUGUGCCACAACAUUGUGGUUGGGAAUUACUGCUCUAAACAAUUCAUAAUUGUCCGUGAAUAUUGCUGAUGGAUUGCGGUCGAGUGACUUUGACUCCUAAUAAGCUUACAUAUGUUUACUAAUGCUUGUCACCAAACUUCCGGGUCAUAUCAACCCAACCAAUUAUUCAAAUCAAUUAGGCGCGGCGCUCUUUUAAAAAUGUAAUUAGAGGUAGACAGGACAGAUUUUAUUUGAGUUUUUAUUUUUUCUCCCCCAGAUCAUUUCACUAUUGUACCACUCUCAGGUUAAUAUUGACAUUUAACAAAUAUGACAAAAAGUGUUUAUAACUCCCCCGUUGAGUCCUGUUGCCUGUUUUUCCAUUUUUCAGUUUUUGAUCUCAGGCUAAAAUUAAAAUACGAAAACACUGGCAUAUUUUAGUUUUUGGGCUGGGUGUUAGAUUCAAAACCAAAUAAAGUAAUCAGUCGCUACUUUGAUUUUCAAUUGCCCGUUGGACAUAGAAAGAAGAAACGACACACGAAUUAAGGCCGAACAGGAAGAGGCAAUAUUGAGUAACUCCGUGUCGUGAAAGCACUAGGACCCAGUGGAGAGUUGUGAGGCUGGGUGCUGCCUGGCUGCCCACCCUGCUUCUCAGCUUCUCAUGCUGCUGCAGUUGCCCUGGGCACCUACUGAAGCCACUACUUGCGUGUGCGUGCGUGUGUGCGCGUGCAUGUGUUUGGAAGGCUUGGGCGGGCAGACAGUCUGAGAGGGGGUGGGGGGUGGGGGGGGGGGGGGGUUUCGAGUAGGAGGCGAUGACAGGAUGAAAGGGGCCAGGUGAGGAGGAGACACGGGAGCAUCACACUCUUCUUCAACCCCCCACACAUCCCACCAUCCACAUUGCCUGUAUGACUAGUGAGUGUGUGUGUGUGUGUGUGUGUGGAUGUGUGUGCAUCACUGUGUUGGAGAGAGUCAUCGAAACAGGUCAGCGUUCCAUCAGCAGACUGUGAACCUGCACAGGAGUGAGCAGCUCUUUCCGCACUCAGAUUUGCCAGGCUAACUUUCAUAGUGGAGGGUCAAAGCGGCUCCAUCUUCGAGGGACCAUCUUUGAGCUGUAGGCUCAAUCGAGACCUUCGGAUCUCGGGCUGCCAUGAAAGAAUCAACUAGCUGAGCUUCUGUGUGGCACCCUACGGCGGGGGAGGAUGGGUGAUGGGUCCGUGACGCUCAGUGGACUCUCUCCUCCUCACCCUUUCCUCUCAUGGAGCAUCUUGCCACACCGAGUCCCUCCUGGAACACUUCCCUCUCCGGACUCCCCUCGUUUCCCCUCCAGUCGCAGGCAAACGCUUCCAACGUGAGCCGGGCCGGAGUAGACGUCAAUCAGUCGCUAGCCGUGUGUGCCAUGCUCGUCGUGGACGUCCUGGCUGUGGUGGGGAACCUAGCCGUGAUGAUCGUCAUAAGCAAAACGCCUCAUCUGCGCAAGUUCGCCUUUGUGUUCCAUCUGUGCUUGGUGGACCUGCUGGCAGCGCUGGUGUUGAUGCCUCUCGGGAUGGCGUCCGAUCGGUUGUCGGCGGACGAGGCUCUGUGUCGAAGCUACCUCUGCUUGAGCGUUUGCCUCGUGAGCGCCGCCAUCCUCACCAUCUGCGCCAUCAACGUGGAGCGCUACUACUACAUCGUGCACCCCAUGCGCCACGAGGUGAAGAUGACGGUGGGGGUGGUGGCGACGGUGCUGGUGGGGGUCUGGAUUAAAGCCGCCGUCAUGUCAUCGCUGCCUUUCCUGGGGUGGCUGCUCCAAGGUAACCAGGCUGUGGCCUCUAGUCCGCCGCUCAUCCCCGGUCAGGCACACUGCUCCCUCCACUGGGCGGGCGGCAGGACCACACGCCUGCUCUUCAUGGUCUUCUUCACGUUCAUCUAUUUCCUGUGUCCCGUGCUGAUUAUUCUGGUGGUCUACUGCAACAUGUUCAAGGUGGCCCGCGUGGCAGCCAUGCAUCACGGCCCGCUCCCUACUUGGAUGGAGACGCCGCGGCAACGCUCCGAGUCCACCGGCAGCCAUUCCACCGUGGCCGCCAGCCUCGGAGGGACUGUCUCCCGCAACAUCUCCCAAAGGACCUUCGGUGGCGGGAAGGCCGCUGCGGUUCUGGUGGCUGUGGGAGGCCAGUUCCUCUGCUGCUGGCUGCCCUACUUCUCUUUUCACCUCUAUUCGGCUGUGGUUUCUACCUCGCCUGCCUCGCUGGGCCGGCUGGAGGAUGUGGUCACGUGGAUCGGCUAUUUCUGCUUUACCUCCAACCCCUUCUUCUACGGCUGCCUCAACCGUCAGAUUCGGGAGGAGCUGAGCCGCCACCUGGCCUGCCUUUUCAAGCGGGCCGGAUCCGGUCAGGGGGAACAGCUGCCCAGCCGUGAGGCCUCCAUCGAGGAGAACUUCUUGCAGUUCCUUCAGGGCACAGCGUGCAAUCUGGAGCCGCGUAACUCUCAGGGCAGAGCGAGUCGAGAGGAGAAGGAACACGAAGGCCUACAGGAAUCAUCUGCUCCGCAGAACAUGGCAGCUGACUUCAACAUCCCAGGGCAGAUUCUUGAAGAAACCUCAGAGUUCAUACAACGGCAAAAACUGAACAAUAAGCUCCAUGUAUUGGAAAAUUCCAAAACUGUCCCAGAGAUGUAGCGGCCUCGCCCAUAUUAUCUAAUAAUCUCGUGAAAGUUCUAAUUGAAUUGAAAUCUGUUUUAAAUGAUAAACCUUUUUUUUUGCGCUC